CCGCCUUUUGGUUCCAGAAGUGCCACCAUGCUCAGGGUUCAGCAGCUGCUGCCGCUGCUGCUGCUCCUCAGGGGAUCACUAAUCAAUGCUGGUCUGGGCACCACCUCCUUUGCCAGCCUAAGUCCCUGGAAGCUGAAGAACUCUCCACAGACAGGUGCCUGGACUGGAGACGCCACAGAUCCCAACACUGAGGAUAGCCUGCAAUCCUCCCCAGAAAAGAGCUGGUGCUCCACGUGGGGAGACGGCCACUUUUCCACCUUUGACCGCCAUGAGUAUGAUUUCAAAGGAAUGUGCAAUUAUGUAUUUACGGCCACAUGUGGGGAUGCCUUGCCCACCUUUAGCAUCCAGUUGCGGAGAGAUAGGGAUGGGAACAUCUCCCGUAUCAUCGUGGAACUGGGGGCCUCUGUAGUCACCGUGAACAAAGCAAUCAUCUCUGUCAGGGACAUCGGGGUUGUUAGCCUGCCCUACACCAGCAAUGGCCUCCAGAUCACGCCAUACGGCCAGAGUGUGAGGCUGGUGGCCAAGCAGUUGGAGCUGGAGUUAGUUGUCACAUGGGAUUCAGAGGCCUAUCUUCUGGUCCUGGUGGAGAAGAAAUACAUGGGCAAGCUGUGUGGACUGUGUGGGAACUUCGACGGGAAGGCAGACAAUGAAUUUCUCAGCGAGGAUGGCAAACUUCUAGAACCUCACAAGUAUGCCACACUUCAGAAGCUCGAUGACCCCAAUGAGAUCUGUGCCCAUGAGGCCAUCCCCAGUCCCACUACCCUGAAGACCAGAUACGCCCAGAUCUGCAACCAGCUACUGACCCUAGUGUCCCCUGGGUGUGACGUGCCUAAGGAACCACUGGUGCUGAGCUGCCAGGCAGACAUGGCUGAUUGUGCCCAGCCAGGCCAGCAAAAUUGCAGCUGUGCCACACUGUCUGAGUAUUCCCGUCGAUGCAGCAUGGCCGGCCAGGCUGUCCGCAACUGGAGGACCCCUAGACUCUGCCCUGUGAGCCAGUGCCCAGCCAACCAGGUGUACCAGGAGUGUGGUGAGGUCUGUGUCAAGACGUGCUCCAACCCACAGCACAGCUGUUCCAACUUCUGCACCUUUGGCUGCUUCUGCCCCCAUGGUACACUGCUUGACGAUAUAUCCAGAAACCACUCCUGUGUGCCAGUCAGUCAGUGCCCCUGUAUGCUCAAUGGUGUGGUCUAUGGCCCUGGGGAGAUCACAAGGACAGCCUGCCAAACCUGCCAGUGUACCAUGGGCCGUUGGACAUGCACAGAGCAGCCAUGUCCUGGUCACUGCUCCCUAGAAGGUGGCUCCUUCGUCACCACAUUCGACGCCAGACCCUACCGCUUCCACGGUUCCUGCACCUACACUCUUCUCCAGAGCCCACAGCUUCCCAACGAAGGCACCCUUAUGGCUGUGUAUGAAAAGUCGGGGUACUCACACUCAGAGACCUCCCUAGUGUCCGUCAUCUACAUGUCCACGAAGGACAAAAUUGUGAUCUCAGAGGAUGAAGUGAUCACCAACAAUGGGGACACCAAGCUGCUGCCAUACAAGACACGCAACAUCACCAUCUUCAGGCAGACAUCUACCCACCUCCAGAUGGCUACCACUUUUGGACUGGAACUUGUGGUCCAACUGCAGCCUAUCUUCCAGGUGUACAUCGCAGUCGGGCCCCAGUUCAAAGGCAAGACCAGAGGGCUCUGUGGCAAUUUCAAUGGGGACACAACGGAUGAAUUCACAACCAGCAUGGGCAUUGACGAAGGCACUGCCUCACUCUUCGUGGACUCCUGGCGUGCAGGGAACUGUCCAGCUGCCCUAGAGCGUGAGACUGACCCCUGCUCCAUGAGCCAGCUCAAUAAGGUGUGUGCAGAGACCCACUGCUCCAUGCUGCUGAGGAAGGGCAGUGUGUUUGAGAAGUGUCACACUGUGGUGAACCCCCAGCCAUUCUACAAGAGGUGUGUGUACCAGGCCUGCAACUAUGAGGAGACCUUCCCUCACAUCUGCUCUGCACUGGGGGCCUAUGCCCAUGCCUGUUCCUCCCGAGGCAUCCUGCUCUUAGGCUGGAGGAACAGUGUGGACAAUUGCACUGUGCCUUGCACUGGCAACCGCACGUUCAGCUAUGAUAGCAAGGCCUGUGACCGCACCUGCCUGUCUCUGUCGGACCGUGAGACGGAGUGUCACACAAGUGCUGUCCCAGUGGAUGGCUGCAACUGUCCUGAGGGCACCUACUUGAACCACAAAGCAGAAUGUGUGCACAAGGCCCAGUGCCCCUGCCUGCUGGACAGCAACAAGUUCGUCCAGGCUGAUCAGUCAACAAUGAUCAAUGGGGUCAUAUGCUACUGCAUCAAUGGCCGCCUGAGCUGCCCACGGCAGGCAGAGAUGUUCUUGGCAUCCUGCCCAGAGCCCAAGACUUUCCAGUCCUGCAGCCAGUCAUCAGAGGACAAGUUCGGGGCUGCGUGUGCCCCCACAUGUCAGAUGCUGGCCACAGGAAUUGCUUGUGUACCCACCAAAUGCGAGCCCGGCUGUACGUGUCCUACGGGGCUCUAUGAGAACAGCAAUGGGCAGUGUGUGCCUGCAGAGGAAUGCCCAUGUGACUUUGCAGGAAUGUCCUAUCCUGGUGGUUCUGAGCUCCAUACUGACUGUAAGACCUGCACUUGCUCACAGGGAAGGUGGACCUGCCAGCUUAGCACACAAUGCCCAUCUACCUGUGUCCUCUAUGGUGAAGGCCACAUCAUAACUUUUGAUGGACAGCGCUUUGUGUUUGAUGGCAACUGCGAAUAUACUCUGGCCACGGAUGACUGUGGUGCCAACAGCUCACAGCCUACCUUCAAGGUCCUGACAGAGAACGUCAUCUGUGGGAAGUCAGGGGUCACCUGCUCCCGAGCCAUCAAGAUCUCCCUGGGUGGGCUUUCCAUAACAAUGGCAGACAGAAACUACACAGUCAGCGGGGAAGAACCCCUGGUGCACCUUCAGGUGAAGCCCAGUCCCCUGAAUCUCAUCCUGGACAUAGGCAUCCCUGGAAGGCUCAACCUGACACUUGUGUGGAACAAGCACAUGAGCGUCUCCAUCAAGAUCCGCCGUGCCACCCAGGAUGCCCUCUGUGGCUUGUGUGGCAACUCCAAUGGGAACAUGAAGGAUGACUUUGAGACACGCAGCAAAUACGUGGCAUCCGAUGAAAUGGAGUUUGUGAACUCAUGGAAAGAGAGUCCACUGUGCGGGGAUGCAAGUUAUGUGGUGGAUCCCUGUAGCCUAAAUGCCUUCCGGCGCUCCUGGGCUGAGCGCAAAUGCAGCAUUAUCAACAGCCAGACCUUUGCUGCCUGCCACAGCAAGGUAUAUCACCUGCCCUACUAUGAGGCCUGCGUGCGUGAUACCUGUGGGUGCGACAUGGGCGGAGACUGUGAGUGUCUGUGCGAUGCAGUGGCAGCUUAUGCCAAGGCCUGUCUGGACAAGGGCGUGUGUGUGGACUGGAGGGCCCCAGACUUCUGCCCUGUCUACUGCGACUUCUACAACGUCCACACACUGGUGGGUGAGAACGAAUACCAGUACGCACAGGAGGCCAACUGCACGUGGCACUACCAGCCCUGUCUCUGCCCUGGCAGCCUGGAGAGCUUCCCGGACACCAACAUUGAAGGCUGCUACAACUGCUCCCAGAAUGAGUACUUCGACCACAAAGAAGGGACCUGUGUACCCUGUGCGCCUCCCACUACCGCACUACCGCCAGCCCCCACAGGUUCACAGCCUACCACAGCAGCCCCCACCAGCACUGAGGUACACAGCCCCAGCUCUGCAUCUACACCUCUGGGUCCCUCCGACUUGCCAAGUCUUCCAACCCCGCCACCCUCAGCUCCAUCCUCCACUGAGGAAGUAACACAUUGGACUACCCCCAAGAAAUCCACAGUCUCCUCAGGAGAACACCCUCAAACUACUGUGGCUACCACACCAUUGACAUCACCUUUGGCGCCUACAUCCAUACCGAAGACAACACCCACAAGGCUCCCAGUGACACAAGCAACAAGCAAGCCCACAGCAUCUUCUACCAGCCCAUCCACAAAGACCACAGCUCAGUUCACAGAGAGUACCACUGUGGCGAAACUAACCUCAGAAGGGCCUGGGAUGUCCACCAGCGAAGGCAGAACCUCUACUUCACACUUCCCAGAAACUUCCUCCAUGAAUGCCCAUCAAUCAACAUCGAUUACGGCUAGAACCCUAUCAACAAGGUUGACCACGGCAGCCACUGCGACACCUGUGGUCCACACCACCUCAGCCACACCUAGUAGUGCUCAUGCUCCACACACCACACACCCUUCAACCACCCUUGCAGUCUCCAGCACGAUGCACACCACAGGUCUCACCUCAGAAACAUCCAUACAGGCCACCUCCAACAUCCCAACGCCAACAGGUCCUCGAACCUCUCUCUCCACACAGCUGCCACUGUCUUCAACCUCCUCUGUGACACCCAGUUCGGUGACACCUGGCACCCAAACCAGUCAACUCCCCUCAUCAACACCGCCCACCUCAUCGACACCACUGACUGCUCUUCCAACCACAGUGGAAGGCACAAGGCCUCCACACACAUCAACACACUUCGUUUACACAACCAGUGCCUUCAGCCAAAGCAGAAGCCCAUUCUCCACAGACAGGACCUCUACUUCCCACAUUCCACAAACUUCCUCGUUGACCCCCUACCACUCGACCUCAGGGCCAGCCACUUCUACCUUAACCACAACAACUACGGGUGUAACUGGGACCCAUGUGGUGCACACCACCUCAGGCACACCUAGCAGCGCCAAUACACCACAUACCACACACUCUGCAACCACAGCUGAAGUCUCUAGGACACCACACACCACAAGUCCUUCAGCAAUAUCCCAGAAGACCACCAUCACCUUCCCAACCCCAUCAGCUCCUCAGACCUCUUUGACCACACCACUGCCGUCAUUGUCAACCUCACCUGUGACAACAUCUGAGAUACUUACCCACCCUGCAAGUCAACACACACCAUCAUCACCAUCCACAUCCAGGCCACACACCACCACUCUCCACACCACAAGCGAGGCCACUGGGACCCCACAAACACCAGUAGCUGUGGUAUACACAUCCAGUGCCACCACACAAGUUCAAACCUCAUUCUCCACAGCCAGAACCUCUACUUCACACUUUCCAGAAACUGCCUCCAUGACUUCACACCAAUCCACCACUGUUCCUCAAACAACUGGGUCCACCACGGCGGCCACUGCGACACCUGUGGUCCACACCACCUCAGCCACACCUAGUAGUCCUCAUGCUCCACACACCACACACCCUUCAACCACCCUUGCAGUCUCCAGCACGAUGCACACCACAGGUCUCACCUCAGAAACAUCCAUACAGGCCACCUCCAACAUCCCAACGCCAACAGGUCCUCGAACCUCUCUCUCCACACAGCUGCCACUGUCUUCAACCUCCUCUGUGACACCCAGUUCGGUGACACCUGGCACCCAAACCAGUCAACUCCCCUCAUCAACACCGCCUACCUCAUCGACACCACUGACUGCUCUUCCAACCACAGUGGAAGGCACAAGGCCUCCACACACAUCAACACACGUCGUUUACACAACCAGUGCCUUCAGCCAAAGCAGAAGCCCAUUCUCCACAGACAGGACCUCUACUUCCCACAUUCCACAAACUUCCUCGUUGACCCCCUACCACUCGACCUCAGGGCCAGCCACUUCUACCUUAACCACAACAACUACGGAUGUAACUGGGACCCAUGUGGUGCACACCACCUCAGGCACACAUAGCAGCGCCAAUACACCACAUACCACACACUCUGCAGCCACAGCUGAAGUCUCUAGGACACCACACACCACAAGUCCUUCAGCAAUAUCCCAGAAGACCACCAUCACCUUCCCAACCCCAUCAGCUCCUCAGACCUCUUUGACCACACCACUGCCGUCAUUGUCAACCUCACCUGUGACAACAUCUGAGAUACUUACCCACCCUGCAAGUCAACACACACCAUCAUCACCAUCCACAUCCAGGCCACACACCACCACUCUCCACACCACAAGCGAGGCCACUGGGACCCCACAAACACCAGUAGCUGUGGUAUACACAUCCAGUGCCACCACACAAGUUCAAACCUCAUUCUCCACAGCCAGAACCUCUACUUCACACUUUCCAGAAACUGCCUCCAUGACUUCACACCAAUCCACCACUGUUCCUCAAACAACUGGGUCCACCACGGCGGCCACUGCGACACCUGUGGUCCACACCACCUCAGCCACACCUAGUAGUCCUCAUGCUCCACACACCACACACCCUUCAACCACCCUUGCAGUCUCCAGCACGAUGCACACCACAGGUCUCACCUCAGAAACAUCCAUACAGGCCACCUCCAACAUCCCAACGCCAACAGGUCCUCGAACCUCUCUCUCCACACAGCUGCCACUGUCUUCAACCUCCUCUGUGACACCCAGUUCGGUGACACCUGGCACCCAAACCAGUCAACUCCCCUCAUCAACACCGCCCACCUCAUCGACACCACUGACUGCUCUUCCAACCACAGUGGAAGGCACAAGGCCUCCACACACAUCAACACACGUCGUUUACACAACCAGUGCCUUCAGCCAAAGCAGAAGCCCAUUCUCCACAGACAGGACCUCUACUUCCCACAUUCCACAAACUUCCUCGUUGACCCCCUACCACUCGACCUCAGGGCCAGCCACUUCUACCUUAACCACAACAACUACGGGUGUAACUGGGACCCAUGUGGUGCACACCACCACAGGCAUACCUAGCAACACCAAUACACCACAUACCACACACUCUGCAACCACAGCUGAAGUCUCUAGGACACCACACACCACAAGUCCUUCAGCAAUAUCCCAGAAGACCACCAUCACCUUCCCAACCCCAUCAGCUCCUCAGACCUCUUUGACCACACCACUGCCGUCAUUGUCAACCUCACCUGUGACAACAUCUGAGAUACUUACCCACCCUGCAAGUCAACACACACCAUCAUCACCAUCCACAUCCAGGCCACACACCACCACUCUCCACACCACAAGCGAGGCCACUGGGACCCCACAAACACCAGUAGCUGUGGUAUACACAUCCAGUGCCACCACACAAGUUCAAACCUCAUUCUCCACAGCCAGAACCUCUACUUCACACUUUCCAGAAACUGCCUCUAUGACUUCACACCAAUCCACCACUGUUCCUCAAACAACUGGGUCCACCACGGCGGCCACUGCGACACCUGUGGUCCACACCACCUCAGCCACACCUAGUAGUCCUCAUGCUCCACACACCACACACCCUUCAACCACCCUUGCAGUCUCCAGCACGAUGCACACCACAGGUCUCACCUCAGAAACAUCCAUACAGGCCACCUCCAACAUCCCAACGCCAACAGGUCCUCGAACCUCUCUCUCCACACAGCUGCCACUGUCUUCAACCUCCUCUGUGACACCCAGUUCGGUGACACCUGGCACCCAAACCAGUCAACUCCCCUCAUCAACACCGCCCACCUCAUCGACACCACUGACUGCUCUUCCAACCACAGUGGAAGGCACAAGGCCUCCACACACAUCAACACACGUCGUUUACACAACCAGUGCCUUCAGCCAAAGCAGAAGCCCAUUCUCCACAGACAGGACCUCUACUUCCCACAUUCCACAAACUUCCUCGUUGACCCCCUACCACUCGACCUCAGGGCCAGCCACUUCUACCUUAACCACAACAACUACGGGUGUAACUGGGACCCAUGUGGUGCACACCACCUCAGGCACACCUAGCAGCGCCAAUACACCACAUACCACACACUCUGCAACCACAGCUGAAGUCUCUAGGACACCACACACCACAAGUCCUUCAGCAAUAUCCCAGAAGACCACCAUCACCUUCCCAACCCCAUCAGCUCCUCAGACCUCUUUGACCACACCACUGCCGUCAUUGUCAACCUCACCUGUGACAACAUCUGAGAUACUUACCCACCCUGCAAGUCAACACACACCAUCAUCACCAUCCACAUCCAGGCCACACACCACCACUCUCCACACCACAAGCGAGGCCACUGGGACCCCACAAACACCAGUAGCUGUGGUAUACACAUCCAGUGCCACCACACAAGUUCAAACCUCAUUCUCCACAGCCAGAACCUCUACUUCACACUUUCCAGAAACUGCCUCCAUGACUUCACACCAAUCCACCACUGUUCCUCAAACAACUGGGUCCACCACGGCGGCCACUGCGACACCUGUGGUCCACACCACCUCAGCCACACCUAGUAGUCCUCAUGCUCCACACACCACACACCCUUCAACCACCCUUGCAGUCUCCAGCACGAUGCACACCACAGGUCUCACCUCAGAAACAUCCAUACAGGCCACCUCCAACAUCCCAACGCCAACAGGUCCUCGAACCUCUCUCUCCACACAGCUGCCACUGUCUUCAACCUCCUCUGUGACACCCAGUUCGGUGACACCUGGCACCCAAACCAGUCAACUCCCCUCAUCAACACCGCCCACCUCAUCGACACCACUGACUGCUCUUCCAACCACAGUGGAAGGCACAAGGCCUCCACACACAUCAACAUACGUCGUUUACACAACCAGUGCCUUCAGCCAAAGCAGAAGCCCAUUCUCCACAGACAGGACCUCUACUUCCCACAUUCCACAAACUUCCUCGUUGACCCCCUACCACUCGACCUCAGGGCCAGCCACUUCUACCUUAACCACAACAACUACGGGUGUAACUGGGACCCAUGUGGUGCACACCACCUCAGGCACACCUAGCAGCGCCAAUACACCACAUACCACACACUCUGCAACCACAGCUGAAGUCUCUAGGACACCACACACCACAAGUCCUUCAGCAAUAUCCCAGAAGACCACCAUCACCUUCCCAACCCCAUCAGCUCCUCAGACCUCUUUGACCACACCACUGCCGUCAUUGUCAACCUCACCUGUGACAACAUCUGAGAUACUUACCCACCCUGCAAGUCAACACACACCAUCAUCACCAUCCACAUCCAGGCCACACACCACCACUCUCCACACCACAAGCGAGGCCACUGGGACCCCACAAACACCAGUAGCUGUGGUAUACACAUCCAGUGCCACCACACAAGUUCAAACCUCAUUCUCCACAGCCAGAACCUCUACUUCACACUUUCCAGAAACUGCCUCUAUGACUUCACACCAAUCCACCACUGUUCCUCAAACAACUGGGUCCACCACGGCGGCCACUGCGACACCUGUGGUCCACACCACCUCAGCCACACCUAGUAGUCCUCAUGCUCCACACACCACACACCCUUCAACCACCCUUGCAGUCUCCAGCACGAUGCACACCACAGGUCUCACCUCAGAAACAUCCAUACAGGCCACCUCCAACAUCCCAACGCCAACAGGUCCUCGAACCUCUCUCUCCACACAGCUGCCACUGUCUUCAACCUCCUCUGUGACACCCAGUUCGGUGACACCUGGCACCCAAACCAGUCAACUCCCCUCAUCAACACCGCCCACCUCAUCGACACCACUGACUGCUCUUCCAACCACAGUGGAAGGCACAAGGCCUCCACACACAUCAACACACGUCGUUUACACAACCAGUGCCUUCAGCCAAAGCAGAAGCCCAUUCUCCACAGACAGGACCUCUACUUCCCACAUUCCACAAACUUCCUCGUUGACCCCCUACCACUCGACCUCAGGGCCAGCCACUUCUACCUUAACCACAACAACUACGGGUGUAACUGGGACCCAUGUGGUGCACACCACCUCAGGCACACCUAGCAGCGCCAAUACACCACAUACCACACACUCUGCAACCACAGCUGAAGUCUCUAGGACACCACACACCACAAGUCCUUCAGCAAUAUCCCAGAAGACCACCAUCACCUUCCCAACCCCAUCAGCUCCUCAGACCUCUUUGACCACACCACUGCCGUCAUUGUCAACCUCACCUGUGACAACAUCUGAGAUACUUACCCACCCUGCAAGUCAACACACACCAUCAUCACCAUCCACAUCCAGGCCACACACCACCACUCUCCACACCACAAGCGAGGCCACUGGGACCCCACAAACACCAGUAGCUGUGGUAUACACAUCCAGUGCCACCACACAAGUUCAAACCUCAUUCUCCACAGCCAGAACCUCUACUUCACACUUUCCAGAAACUGCCUCCAUGACUUCACACCAAUCCACCACUGUUCCUCAAACAACUGGGUCCACCACGGCGGCCACUGCGACACCUGUGGUCCACACCACCUCAGCCACACCUAGUAGUCCUCAUGCUCCACACACCACACACCCUUCAACCACCCUUGCAGUCUCCAGCACGAUGCACACCACAGGUCUCACCUCAGAAACAUCCAUACAGGCCACCUCCAACAUCCCAACGCCAACAGGUCCUCGAACCUCUCUCUCCACACAGCUGCCACUGUCUUCAACCUCCUCUGUGACACCCAGUUCGGUGACACCUGGCACCCAAACCAGUCAACUCCCCUCAUCAACACCGCCCACCUCAUCGACACCACUGACUGCUCUUCCAACCACAGUGGAAGGCACAAGGCCUCCACACACAUCAACACACGUCGUUUACACAACCAGUGCCUUCAGCCAAAGCAGAAGCCCAUUCUCCACAGACAGGACCUCUACUUCCCACAUUCCACAAACUUCCUCGUUGACCCCCUACCACUCGACCUCAGGGCCAGCCACUUCUACCUUAACCACAACAACUACGGGUGUAACUGGGACCCAUGUGGUGCACACCACCUCAGGCACACCUAGCAGCGCCAAUACACCACAUACCACACACUCUGCAACCACAGCUGAAGUCUCUAGGACACCACACACCACAAGUCCUUCAGCAAUAUCCCAGAAGACCACCAUCACCUUCCCAACCCCAUCAGCUCCUCAGACCUCUUUGACCACACCACUGCCGUCAUUGUCAACCUCACCUGUGACAACAUCUGAGAUACUUACCCACCCUGCAAGUCAACACACACCAUCAUCACCAUCCACAUCCAGGCCACACACCACCACUCUCCACACCACAAGCGAGGCCACUGGGACCCCACAAACACCAGUAGCUGUGGUAUACACAUCCAGUGCCACCACACAAGUUCAAACCUCAUUCUCCACAGCCAGAACCUCUACUUCACACUUUCCAGAAACUGCCUCCAUGACUUCACACCAAUCCACCACUGUUCCUCAAACAACUGGGUCCACCACGGCGGCCACUGCGACACCUGUGGUCCACACCACCUCAGCCACACCUAGUAGUCCUCAUGCUCCACACACCACACACCCUUCAACCACCCUUGCAGUCUCCAGCACGAUGCACACCACAGGUCUCACCUCAGAAACAUCCAUACAGGCCACCUCCAACAUCCCAACGCCAACAGGUCCUCGAACCUCUCUCUCCACACAGCUGCCACUGUCUUCAACCUCCUCUGUGACACCCAGUUCGGUGACACCUGGCACCCAAACCAGUCAACUCCCCUCAUCAACACCGCCCACCUCAUCGACACCACUGACUGCUCUUCCAACCACAGUGGAAGGCACAAGGCCUCCACACACAUCAACACACGUCGUUUACACAACCAGUGCCUUCAGCCAAAGCAGAAGCCCAUUCUCCACAGACAGGACCUCUACUUCCCACAUUCCACAAACUUCCUCGUUGACCCCCUACCACUCGACCUCAGGGCCAGCCACUUCUACCUUAACCACAACAACUACGGGUGUAACUGGGACCCAUGUGGUGCACACCACCUCAGGCACACCUAGCAGCGCCAAUACACCACAUACCACACACUCUGCAGCCACAGCUGAAGUCUCUAGGACACCACACACCACAAGUCCUUCAGCAAUAUCCCAGAAGACCACCAUCACCUUCCCAACCCCAUCAGCUCCUCAGACCUCUUUGACCACACCACUGCCGUCAUUGUCAACCUCACCUGUGACAACAUCUGAGAUACUUACCCACCCUGCAAGUCAACACACACCAUCAUCACCAUCCACAUCCAGGCCACACACCACCACUCUCCACACCACAAGCGAGGCCACUGGGACCCCACAAACACCAGUAGCUGUGGUAUACACAUCCAGUGCCACCACACAAGUUCAAACCUCAUUCUCCACAGCCAGAACCUCUACUUCACACUUUCCAGAAACUGCCUCCAUGACUUCACACCAAUCCACCACUGUUCCUCAAACAACUGGGUCCACCACGGCGGCCACUGCGACACCUGUGGUCCACACCACCUCAGCCACACCUAGUAGUGCUCAUGCUCCACACACCACACACCCUUCAACCACCCUUGCAGUCUCCAGCACGAUGCACACCACAGGUCUCACCUCAGAAACAUCCAUACAGGCCACCUCCAACAUCCCAACGCCAACAGGUCCUCGAACCUCUCUCUCCACACAGCUGCCACUGUCUUCAACCUCCUCUGUGACACCCAGUUCGGUGACACCUGGCACCCAAACCAGUCAACUCCCCUCAUCAACACCGCCCACCUCAUCGACACCACUGACUGCUCUUCCAACCACAGUGGAAGGCACAAGGCCUCCACACACAUCAACACACUUCGUUUACACAACCAGUGCCUUCACCCAAAGCAGAAGCCCAUUCUCCACAGACAGGACCUCUACUUCCCACAUUCCACAAACUUCCUCGUUGACCCCCUACCACUCGACCUCAGGGCCAGCCACUUCUACCUUAACCACAACAACUACGGGUGUAACUGGGACCCAUGUGGUGCACACCACCUCAGGCACACCUAGCAGCGCCAAUACACCACAUACCACACACUCUGCAACCACAGCUGAAGUCUCUAGGACACCACACACCACAAGUCCUUCAGCAAUAUCCCAGAAGACCACCAUCACCUUCCCAACCCCAUCAGCUCCUCAGACCUCUUUGACCACACCACUGCCGUCAUUGUCAACCUCACCUGUGACAACAUCUGAGAUACUUACCCACCCUGCAAGUCAACACACACCAUCAUCACCAUCCACAUCCAGGCCACACACCACCACUCUCCACACCACAAGCGAGGCCACUGGGACCCCACAAACACCAGUAGCUGUGGUAUACACAUCCAGUGCCACCACACAAGUUCAAACCUCAUUCUCCACAGCCAGAACCUCUACUUCACACUUUCCAGAAACUGCCUCUAUGACUUCACACCAAUCCACCACUGUUCCUCAAACAACUGGGUCCACCACGGCGGCCACUGCGACACCUGUGGUCCACACCACCUCAGCCACACCUAGUAGUCCUCAUGCUCCACACACCACACACCCUUCAACCACCCUUGCAGUCUCCAGCACGAUGCACACCACAGGUCUCACCUCAGAAACAUCCAUACAGGCCACCUCCAACAUCCCAACGCCAACAGGUCCUCGAACCUCUCUCUCCACACAGCUGCCACUGUCUUCAACCUCCUCUGUGACACCCAGUUCGGUGACACCUGGCACCCAAACCAGUCAACACAUGUCAUCAAUAUCAUUAACCUCACCUGUGACAUCUGAGAUAAUGAGCAGCCCUACAAAGCAGCACACAGUAUCUGCAGCUUCCACAUCCACACCACUGAGUACCAUUCUUUCCACUACCCCAAUGAAGGGUACAAGUCUCCCUACAACACCAUCACUUGUUUCUUCUACUACAAGUUCUAUUGCUUCUGUGUACUCUUCCUUCACCACAUCAAAAACUUCUUCCUCACAUUUGAGUUCAUCAUUAAUUCCCCUCAGCUCUACUCGUUCUCCUUUUGUUUCAUCUAUACCUAUUCUGUCUUAUGUCCCACCAACCUCUCCAACCACUUUGGUUUCUCUCAGUAAUGUCCCACAUUCUUCCUUUGUGACCUCACCUACCUCUUUGCCACCUACCUCUGGUAUUACUCUGUCUGUUCCUACUUCAGCAUCCUUCCCAUCAUCUUCCAUGUCAUUGCCUCUUCCGUCUUCAAGUUCUGUAGGGCCUACUCCACAGUAUACUCCUACUCCCAGCUCAGUGUCCCAUUCCCCACUCUUUACUCAAUCCACAUCAUGGCAGUCAUCUGUUGUGUCAGGAACUACAGCCUCUACUCCUGUUAAUUCAUCUGUUCUCCCUCUUGUCACCUCAUCCAUUCCUUCCUCUGCUCUCCCCACCAUCCACAUGACUCCCACCCCAUCUAGCAUACCAGCCUCCAGUGUUAGCCUUCUAUCCACUUCCAAGACUACAUCUCAGGUUCCCAUCUUUUCUUCAUCCUCCUCGAAGUCCACCACCUCCCAUUUUACCUCCCUUACUACCCAAGCUUCUACGUCAGGGAUACUGUCUUCAACCAUGGGUAUGACAGUCUCCUCAAGUUUCCCAGACACCAACCACACUACUAGGCCUUCUGGUACCAGCCCACUGCCUACAUCGGUGUUCCUGAGCAAUCCUGCUACUCCUACUGGAAGCUCCUCGCCUACUACCCCAGUGUCACCCUCCAGUCCGGACUCCUUGAUCUCCUCUCCACCUACCCAUCCUGGAGCCUGCAGCUUGCAGGAAGAGGAGCGACAAAUUACCUACCAGGGCUGUGUGGCAAAUGUGACUCUAACUCAUUGCCAGGGUUUCUGUGCCUCCUCUGCUAGCUUCAAUACGGACACCCUGCAGUUGGAGACCCGCUGUGGCUGCUGCCAGCCCCUUAGCACCUACGAGAAGCAACUCUCCCUGCCCUGCCCAGAUCCCAAUAUACCAGGUCAGCAGCUCACACUCACCCUCCAAGUGUUCAGCAGCUGUGCAUGUAGCCCUCUGCAAUGCAAGAACUAAACAACAGCAACUCGUUUCUUAAGUACAAGGGACUACACACACACACACCACACACACACCACACACACACACACCACAAAAAGCCAUUCCUGAUACUUCCCCACACUGUAACAAGCAAUCCCCUUAUUGGCCAUGGACAUGGCCUCAAAGAGACCUUGAACAUGGCUCAUCCUGAGGCAACAGAGAAACAGCAACAUCCAUCAUGCAAAGUCUCCUACCUCCUGAAGACCUUGACCAAGCAAAACAGGCCUUCAGUGGAAAUGAACUACUGGCAUCCCUGCAACCUUGAAGCCCUGGGAAUUUCCUGUCCACCUGUAUAGCACCUCCCAGCCUCUGGUUGUAAUAAUACCCAAGAGAUCAGAGCACAAAAGGCAGGUGCUGGGAAGACUGGGCAAGGUACCUGGGGAGACAUAGGAGGAAGAUGUAGGGGUAUGAGCCCUGGGUUUGGAUAGGCACUAAGGCAAGCACCAAAGAAGCCUGAGGAAAGGAGGUCUCCCCAAAGACAGGGCGGAGCAAAAGCAUUGGCACCCGCUGGGCAGGAGGCUAUCAUCCAACAAUAAGCAGAUUUCAAAUAAACUGGUUCUUUUCAAGGCA